AUGCCUCGCAAGGGAUCCAAGCGCCGCAAGACGCGCACCCACAUCAAGCCCGCGCUCAAUGCCGCACCCGCAGCUCCCGGCGCAGCAGGCGCACAGAAGACGCCCAAGUCGUUCGUCGUCCACAGCGGCACCGUCGGCGGCACCGUCUCGCAGUUGACCAAGGACGUCAGGCGCGUCCUCGAGCCCAACACGGCCUCGCGACUCAGGGAGCGCAAGGCGAACCGGCUGCGCGACUACGUCUCGAUGUCGGGCCCGCUCGGCGUCACCCACCUCCUCGUCGUCUCCCAGCCUCCUACGUCCAGCAUCCCCGACCCGGCCGCCGAGACGGCCGCACGCGUCGGCGAGACGGCCGAGGAGCGCGCCGAGCGCUCCCUCCUCGAGGGCACCACGACCGUCAACCUGCGCCUGAUCCGCCUGCCUCGCGGCCCGACCCUCAACUUCAAGGUCCUGCGCUACUCGCUCGCCGCCGACGUCCUGCGUAUGGCGAGGCGUCCGAGGGCCGUCGGGCGCGAGUUCGCCGAGGCGCCCCUCCUCAUCCUGUCGGGCUUUGGCGGCGAGGACAAGCAGCUCAAGCUCAUGACGACCGUCUUCCAGAACCUGUUCCCGCCCAUCCACGUCCAGACGAUGGCCCUGUCCUCCGCUCGCCGAGUCGUCCUCCUGUCGUACAACGCGACGACGCACACGAUCGACUUCCGCCACUACGUCAUCCAGGUCCGCCCCGUCGGCGUGUCGCGGUCGGUGCGCAAGAUCAUCGCCGGCUCGACCAACAACAAGGCGGCGCCGUUGACGUCGCGCAAGCGGCCGCUCGAGGGCACGUCCGAGGAGUCCGAGGCGUCGGACGCCGAGGCCAACAACCAGGCCGUCGUCCCUCGCCCCGUGCCGACCAAGGCCCGCGGCGGCGCGAGCAAGGCCAAGGGCAUCCUCGACCUGUCGCGCGCCGACGACAUCUCGGACUACAUCCUGCGCCAGGAGCAGAUGGGCUUUGUCACGUCCGACAGCGAGGUGUCGGACAUGAGCGACGGCGGCGAGUCGGUCGGCUCGGCCGGCGGCGCGAGCGACUCGGAGCAAGACGAGAAGAAGGGCAAGGUGCGCCUCGCCGGCGACUAUGUCGGGCGCGGCAACCGGGGCAAGGGCGCGAGGGGCGACAAGCGCGCCGUGCGCCUCGUCGAGCUGGGUCCGCGCAUGGAGCUCGGCCUCGUCAAGAUCGAGGAGGGCGUCGGCGAGGGCGAGGUCCUGUUUCACGAGAUGGUGCACAAGACGAACCGCGAGGCGGCCGAGCUCGCCAAGGUCCACGCCGCCCGCCGCAAGCUCGCGGCCGAGCGUCGCGCGCAGCAGGAGGCCAACGUCGCCGCCAAGAAGGCCGCGUCGGGCAAGGGCAAGGACGUCGCCGCCAACGAGGACGAGGACGAGGACGACGAGGAGGAGAACCCGGAGCUCGUCCCGGCGGUCGGCGACGACGUCGCCAUCGACACGUACGAGCGCGAGCACGGCCUCCAAGCCGGUAGCGACGAGGAGCUGUACGACGACCAGGACGACGAGGACGACUUUUCGGGCGACGAGGACGAUGAGAUGGCGCCCGACUCGGACGCCGACGACUCGCACUCGGACGGCGAGGGCGCCAACUUUGACGACGGCGACGAGCCGUGGAACGACGACGACGACUCGGACACGUCGCCGAUCCCGCUCUCGCAGGCGUACCAGCUGUCGGACGACGAGGACGACGAGGCGCCCGCGCCCAAAAAGUCGUCGGCGCCGCCCAAGAAGAAGGCGCGCGUCGGCCCGGCGUCCUUCUCGAGCAAGCAGUUCAAGCGCAUCGACAAGGACCAGGUGCGGCAGGCCAAGACGCCGAUCGGCAUCGCGCUGCCGCGACCGGCGACCAAGAAGGAGCGCAAGCGCGCCGAGGACAACGAGAAGAAGAACAACGGCGGCAAGAAGCUCGAGAACAGCGCCAAGCCCGACGACGGCGGCGAGCGGGGCUCGGGCGAGAUGUGGACAGUGGCUGAGCUGCUCUCGUCGCUGUUCGGUUACUGGGCAAUGGGUUGCGGCAUCUGGCUCUUCUGUCCCGAGAUCUACGAUGUCAUCAAGUACCGCCCUCACGAGAUCGACGCGGCGCGCCUCACCUUCUUCGCCUCGUGGCUGCUCGGCGACUUUCUGCACCUGUUCGGUACCGUCUUCUCGGGCCAUGCACAGAUCACGCAGAUCUCGCUGUACAUCAUCGUCGCCGUCCUCGAAACCUUCCUCGUCGUCUGGAUCCUGUUCAACGUGUAUUGCGUCAAGCGGCAUCCUGACGAGGAGUUCGACGAGAAGGGCGACCCGGCAAAGUGGCGGCACCCUGCGCAACACGCCUUUGCGCACAUGAUGGGCGUCGGGCCGCAGCUCCACAUGCCGCCGGGCGACGACGCGCUCGACAAGCAGAGAUCUGCUCGGCGGGAGCGCCAGAUCGACGCCGCCAACGCCUCUCGUCGAGCUCGCGGCAAGAAGACGCCGUGGAAGCCGCCCAAGGCCAUCCCGCGCCCGACCAUGAUCGCUAUCCAGGUCGCCGGCACGGUCUUUGUCGUCCUCGUCUUUACCGCCGUGUGGUACGGCGCCACGUACACCCAGCAGAACUCGAAGGAGCCGCCAGAGCCGCUGCCGCAGAGCCUCGUGGCGUUCGUGCCCGGCUGGUUCGGCAAUGCGCGCACAGGGUUCUGCUUCUGGGUCGGGCCGCGGCUCUUUUCGAUGUACCAGUCGUACAAGGAGAAAAAGAAGGAGGGCGUCACGACCGCCUCCAUCAUCGUCGGCGCACUCACGCACGGCUUCAACGUCGUCUCAAUUAUGCUCAUCAACUACAAGGGCGAGGGUCUGCUAGCCCAGUCACCCUACAUCGCCACUUCCGUCUUCUGCAUCGCGCUCGACAUCAUGCGCCUCUUCCUCAAGUGCCACUACGCCGGCCACGACUUUUUGCCGCCGCAGCUCGACCACUCGACGCUGUACCCCGCUCGGGCCUUCUACGACCCGUCGUGGCAGUACGACUCGGGCAAGAAGGCGCCGCGCAGCAAGCGCGACCGCCUCGCCUCGGUCCUGCCGAGCUCGUCGCGCUCGUCGCGCAAGAAUGGCGGCGACGACAAGGGCGGCGCACGCCGAGGGUUGCUCGAGCGGAGCGGGCGUGUCGCCAGCUCGGACGACGAGGCGUACCUCAACUCGGGCGAGGCGUCGGGUCGAGAGCAGGACGAGCCUCGGCGCCGUCGAGCCGCACAGCGCUCGUCGUCGACGGCCGACGGCAGCGGCUCGGACGUCGACAUCGACGCGCAGGGCCGCAACCCGACCCAGCGACACGCCGCGUACCUGCAGGCGCACGGCUGGGGCGCCGGCGCACACGGUCUCGGCGCCGCUCGACAGCUCCACCCGGAGCCGCUGCCGCACGAGACCGAGCACGAGCGCGACGACCGCCUCCUGACGGCGCGCGCCAACAAGGCGUUCCUCGCCCGUCGCGCGCGGCAGCUGCGCCGCCUCGAAGGGCUCGACGACGCGCACGCCGCACUCGACGCUCGUCGCGCGAAGACGCUCCGCCGGCAGCGCGAGUACGACGUCCCGUCGACGAGCGCUCGCCGCAAGCGCGAGAUCGAGCGCCAGCUCGAAGCGACCGAGCACGUGCACGAGCCUGCUCUGCGCGCUCGCCUCGACACGAUCCUCGACGACCCGGACGUCAAGCACCCGGACGACCGGGACGAGCUCGAGCGGCGGCACGGCGCGUGGGCGGCGAGCGUCGCCGACGAGGAGGACGGCAUGAGGGCGCACCCGCUCAUGCGCAAGGCGGCGCACGACCGGGUCGAGGACGAGCGGCUGCGGCACGCUGGGCGGGCGUACAGCACGUGGGAGCCGGGCGCGACGCUGUCGAGCGAGGAGGAGCGAGGGGAGGCGGGCCGGCGGCGGCCUGAGAGCCUGGUCGUUGAGCGGCCGAGCGAGGACGAGGAGAAGGCAGAGCACAAGCAGGGCAAGCAGACGCAGAGGAGGAGGGUGGUCAAGCACUCUCUGUCGCUGUCAGGGUGA